CAUAAAAAGCCAGGAGGUUAACGAUUUAUUUAUGGUUUGUAGAUAAACGUAUGUCGUUUGACAGACCGGGGGCGUUAACUGUCAUGUACAUCUUUUUAUUUGUAGUCUGGGAAAUGACAACUGUCGGUAUGGCAAAUUAAAGGUUUUGCCGAUUAAAACGGAAAGGGGGAAGGAAACAGAGAGGGGCAAUCGAGCUUUUGUGGUCGUUCCUGUUGUCAGUUCCUGCAUGGAGCAGCGUCUGAAUGUACUGAUAACCGGUCGUUUUCAACGAUGCAUUCGAUUCGAUUUGCAAUCCUCACAGUAAGUGAUAGAUGCGCUUUGGGCACGCAAGCUGAUCUAAGUGGCCCCACCUUAAAAAAUGCAGUUGAUGGAAUUGUUUUGAAAGAAGCUGUAGUGCCUGACGAAGUUGAAAUUAUUGAGGAGUAUCUUAGACAGUGGAGCAGGAUUGGCAGCCAAAUUGACAUUAUACUCACAACUGGUGGAACAGGGUUUUCUCAAAGAGAUGUCACUCCUGAGGCCACCUUGAAAGUGAUUGAUCGAAAUGCUUCUGGCAUCACCACAGCCAUGACCAUUGCUAGUCUUAAGGUUACACCAAUGGCUAUGCUUUCUAGAUCUGUUGCAGGCAUAAAAAACGAUACGAUGAUCGUCAAUUUGCCUGGAAGUGUCAAAGGGGCAGUACAAUGUUAUGAGGCUAUAAAACCAUGUUUGCACCAUGCUGUAGAUCUGUUAAGAGAUAGAAAGGAAAAAAUCAACGAAGUGCACGCAGCAUUACCUAUUAGUAAGGUUCGAACGGAUAACAUAGCGAAUAGAUUGAGAGUAUCGACAUGGCCCAUGAUAUCAAUGGAAGAAGCUACAAAGAUUGUGAUCAGUCAAGUAAAACCUCCAAGAAGAACUGUUCUCCCUCUGAAAGAAGUUUUGGGUAGUGUAGUUGCUGAUGAUAUUUUUGCAAUGGAGCCUCAACCGCCUUUUAGAGCAUCUGUCAAAGACGGUUAUGCUGUUUUAGCAGCAGAUGGCAAAGGGGAGAGAAGAGUAACGGGAAGUUAUAUUGCAGGCAGUGAUCCAAAGGAGUUAACUCUUCAAUCUUUAUGCUGUAUAAGAGUAAACACAGGCUCUCCCGUUCCUGCAGGCGCUGAUGCAGUCGUGCAGGUAGAAGACACAAAUAUUCUUAAAGCCGAUGAAGAUGGGAAUGAACAACUUGUAGAGAUUUUGGUGUCACCAGAAGUAGGACAGGAUAUAAGAGAAAUCGGGUGUGAUUUAAAAGAAGGAGAACUUGUUUUGAAUAAGGGGACUUUAAUAAAUAGUGCAGUCCAUGGUUUGUUGGCUAGUGUCGGAGUGUCAGAGGUUCCCGUAUAUCAACUUCCAAAGGUCGCUGUUCUCUCUACUGGAAAUGAAUUAGUAGCACCAGGGGAAAAGUUGAGAGAUGGCACUGUGAGAGACAGUAAUAUGACGACGCUAUUAUCUCUUCUGAAAGAGAAUGGAUAUAACGCACAAAAUAUGGGAAUAGCUCGUGACGAGCCUUCUGUCUUAUUGGCUGCAUUGUUGAAAAGUAUGUCUAACAGUGAUGUUGUAAUAACUACAGGAAGUGUUUCAAUGGGUGAUAAGGAUUAUUUGAAAAGAGUCUUACAAGAAGAUCUAGGAGCUACUGUCCAUUUUGGACGAUUGAAUAUGAAACCAGGAAAGCCAACUACAUUUGCCACAUGCACUGGAAUGGAUGGUAAUACAAAGUAUUUGUUUUGUCUGCCUGGAAAUCCUGUAUCUGCUACUGUUACAUGUCACCUACUUGUCCUGCCUAUGUUGAAAGCUUUGUCCGGACAACAAGUUUAUUACCCAACUAUUGUUAAUACAAUUAUUGAUUUUGAUGUGAAAUUAGAUGAAAGGCCUGAGUAUAGAAGAGCGAUUUUGGAGUUUGUUGGAGAAUCUCCUGGUUUUUGUGCCAGGUCAACAGGAGGACAAGCUAGCAGUAGAUUAAUGAGUUGCAGGGAUGCAAAUUGUCUGCUUCUAUUGCCAUCUUCAAAAGUACACACUAGCGGAAAGAUCUGUAAAGGUGCAACUGUAAAAGCAAUGAUAAUAGGAAAACUGUAGAAAUUUUAACAUUGAAUACAUUUAUGAUUUUCACUAGCACAUUAAGUUUUUUCGUUAAUUAUAUCACAGUAUAGUUUGUAUUUUGUUAUUAUUCCAGAUUGUUGUAAUUACGAAACUUUCUGAACAAACUGUUUAUAUCAAAUAUAUUAAUGGCAA